CAGAAUAAUUCCUCUAUUCGCUCCGAUCCUACCGGAAGUCAAUUUAUAAAAAUAUGGCAUGGAAUGACUUCGGUGCGAAAAAAGACCAUGUAACUUUGUCUGUCGAUAAACAGGCACACCAAUCGAUGAAAGGAAGAUUAAAACACAUAUAAAAAGAUACGGGCUUCAUCUCAAUGACGGCGAUGCAAACAAUGGAUAGGAAUUGGAGUUUGAACAUUCGCCCGACAGCAUGUCAACAACUCCAGUUUCCCCUGGAUUUUCGCACACUAGAUCAGAUUCAGAGACAAGCUCUGAUGAUAAAUUAAACCAAGAUCUAGAGGAUAUGGCCAAUUGGCAUGAAGACCAGGGUUCAAUAUACUCAGAAUCUGAUCAGGAGAUGACAGAUCCUGAACAGGAUGAUUCAGAGGCCAACAGUGAUUCCGAAGAUGAGAACCAAAAGGAAAUGAAUUGUGACUGGUGUAGUUCUUAUGACUUCACUGUAUUCAACUCAGAAUUAGCAGUCAACAAAAUUCCUAAUUCUGAUACUAUGACUAAACUUGAAUGGCUGUGCUAUCAGUUUCAUAGGUUUGUGUCCCAUCCAUCAAUGAGCAAAGCAGCGUUUACACAAAAUCUUCAGGUGCAGAAAAUAAUACACAAUGACAAAGACAAUAUACAAAACAAUAAUGAAAAUAAUGAACUGCCAGGAUGACUUUUUACCAGCUGUGCCAAUAUCUCUGAAUGUCCUUGCAAGUCUGGGACAUAUUGAGUCAGAAUUUGAAAAAUGCCAUUACCAUGCCCGUGUUAAAGGAGCAUGCUGAAAAAUCACUCUGCAUUCAUGUUUUUGAACUAGUUGACUGGAGACACUGUAUUAGUUCAUUGCAGUAGACUAGGAAAGAAGUUCAUCUUAGUCCAAAUAACACCAAAUCUCACAUUCAUAAGUGUUAAACACUUGAACAUAACUGACUUAACAUAGUCAUAUUUUGUAUAAACUCAUGUACGUUAAUAGCUAGCCUACAAUUGUCUUUGUAAAGGGUAAUAUAUCUAUUAAAAAAUUGUUAAACUGA